GAACGAAAUACAACUCUACUUCUCACAUUGGUGGUAAUUGCUGAAAUUACCAUCUUGCAAAACUUUUUUUGUUGUACAAAUAUAUAUACAAAAAAUACACGAAAAAAGUAAUAGGCAUUAGUUUUUCAUAAAAUAGUGUAAAACCAAGUACACUUUUAGUUAGCUUUAAAGUUAGUUUUCAGUGUUAAAAGCAAUUAAUUUGAAGCUCUAGCUCUAGUUUUCUUACACUAGGCGUGACGACGAAAAAAAAUCGAAAAAAAAAAACAAAUUUCACUCGAAAUCCGCAAAUAAGAUUUACACGCGAUCGCAUCAAAUACGACAAAACUAUACGACAAAUAUUUUGUAUAUCGUUUCAAAGUAGCUCCAAAUUAUUGAAAGUCAACAACUAACACGAAAAUAAAGGGCGGACUUUGAAGAACCGCCAGCCAGAGGACAGCACAAGAAGAGAGUUAGCAAGAGAUUUGUUAUCAGGAAAGGCAACGUGAUCCGGACAAUGUACGCAGGAGCAUAUGCACCCAACGCUGGCGGUGUGCAACAGCAGCACACGGGCGGCUAUUAUGGCAACGGUGGCGGCGGCGCAGCUGCUGGCGGCGGCAAUGGACCACGUCACGAGCGUCCAUAUUAUCCGCGUAAUAAUUUUGCCGGGGCUGCUGGCAAUGCUGCCUCAUUGAAUGGAGCAGGCGGCGGCGCUGCAGCUGGAGGAAUGCACUUUGGCCAGCCGUAUGGUGUGAUGACCUAUGGCAUACAAAAUGGCAUUAGCAUGGGUGCCGGUGGUAAUCCGUAUCGUGGCGGUGGCGCUGGCAAUGCAAUGCAGAAUGGUGCAUUCGCUGGAGCCAAUGGCAUCGCCUUCCAAGGCGGACCACGUGCCAAGAAUCCAAACUAUGCUCAACGCUAUCAGAAGCCGCACAAUGGCAUGGGCAAUGGCGGUGGCUAUCAGGGAAGUGGCAGUGCCAACUAUAAUGCAGCCGCAUUGGGUAUGCUAUCGAAGGAGGAGCGCGCCGAAUUGCAGCGGGAGAAGGCCAAGAAUCCGGGACGUAAUCUGGUGAAGCCGCAUUGGGAGAAUUUGCAACCGUUUCUCAAGGACUUCUAUAUCAUGCAUCCCAAUAUGCAGAAUCGCAGCGAGCAGGCGGUCGCCGAGAUGCGUCACGAGCUGGAGAUAACGGUGUCGGGCAACGAUCUGCCCCAUCCGGUGGCCAGCUUUGAGGAGAGCUCAUUGCCCCAACAUGUUAUCGAUGAGAUGAAGCGUCAGGGUUUCACCAAACCGACGGCAAUUCAAUCCCAAGGCUGGCCAAUUGCCUUAAGUGGACGUGAUCUCGUUGGCAUUGCCCAAACUGGCUCAGGCAAAACAUUGGCCUACAUGUUGCCGGCCAUUGUGCACAUUGGCAAUCAGCCGCCAAUAAUGCGCGGCGAGGGACCAAUCGCCUUGGUCCUGGCACCCACACGUGAGCUGGCCCAGCAAAUUCAGUCGGUGGUGCGGGAUUAUGGACACUUGUGCAAGCCGGAGAUAAGGCACACAUGCAUCUUUGGUGGCUCAUCGAAAGUGCCGCAGGCACGUGAUCUCGAACGUGGUGUGGAGGUGAUCAUUGCGACACCUGGUCGUCUCAUUGAUUUUCUCGAGAAUCGCAAUACCAAUUUGCAACGUUGCACCUAUCUCGUUUUGGAUGAGGCCGAUCGUAUGCUUGACAUGGGCUUUGAGCCACAAAUACGCAAAAUUAUUGAACAAAUUCGUCCGGAUCGUCAGGUUGUGAUGUGGUCAGCCACUUGGCCAAAGGAGGUCCAGGCACUUGCCGGUGAUUUCCUCAACGAUUAUAUCCAAAUCAAUAUCGGCUCAAUGAAUCUGUCGGCCAAUCACAACAUUCGUCAGAUUGUCGAGAUUUGCAAUGAGAAUGAGAAGCCGCAGCGGAUGGUGCGACUGCUUAAGGAGAUUGCCCCGACCACCAACAAUGCGGCCAACAAUGGCAACAAAAUCAUAAUAUUUGUGGAAACCAAAAUCAAGGUUGAGGACAUUCUGCAAAUAAUUCGCAGCGAGGGCUACACAGCCACAUCGAUUCACGGCGAUAAGUCACAGAGUGAGCGCGAUUCCGUGCUGAAGGAUUUCCGUAAUGGCAAGUCGAAUAUAUUGAUUGCCACCGAUGUGGCAUCACGUGGCUUGGAUGUGGAGGAUUUGCAGUAUGUGAUUAACUAUGAUUAUCCAAAUUCAUCGGAGAAUUAUGUACAUCGCAUUGGACGCACUGGACGUUGCCAGCAGCUUGGCACCGCCUAUACAUUCUUUACGCCGGACAAUGCAAAGCAGGCGCGUGAACUAAUCUCAGUGCUGGAGGAGGCUGGACAGACGCCAUCGCAGGCACUGCUUGAUUUGGCACGCGCCAUGCCCAAUUCGGCCAAUUAUCGUGGAAACAAGCGUUGGAAUAACAAUGGCAAUGCCGGAAAUACUGCUGGCGUCUAUCAGCAGCGUAGCAAUCCCCUUAACUAUCAGGCGGGCAACAGCAAUGCCGGCAACAAUGGCUACAACAAUCGUGUCAACAACUAUCAGCAGCAGCAAUAUGCCGCUGGCGGCAACAGCUAUCAGCCCAAUGGUGGUGGUGGCGGUGGCGGCGGCGGCGUUGGCAAUUGGAAUCGCGGCGGCGCUGGCGCUGCACUUAACCAGCAACCGGGUCCAGAUGGCGCCAAUCGUAAUGGCAAUGCCACUUAUCGUCCACGUGCCCCCUUUAAUAAUGGUGGACCGCGUGCCAUAAUGGGACACAAUGGUGCUGGAGCUGGUGCGGGCGGAGCGGCUGGUGGCCAUAAUGCGGGACAACCGCAUAUGGGUCAACAGGGUGGUGCGUUUAUGCAACCAAAUUAUAGAGGACGCAGUCAGUUUGUGCCACCAAAUGCAGCAGCCGCUGCCAGUGGCAUGCCACGUUUCCAGCAAUAUCCGAAACGUGAUUAUCAACAGCAGCAGCAGCAGCAACAACAACAACAGCAACAGCCGCCGCCACACUACCAACAGCAGCCGCAGCAGCAGCAGCAGCAACAACAACAACAGCAACAGGCGCAACAGCAACAACAAAAGCCAAAGCAUCCCGGUGGCGAUGAUAAGAACUUUAAGGAAUAUGCACCGACUGUCGUUAGCACACCACUUGUACAUUAUACGCCAGCCAAUUCGCCGCCAAUUGCAGCUGUGGCCGCUGCUGCCGUUGCCGGUGGCGCUGGACGUGGUGGACCGGUGGCAGCCGCUCCAGGUGCUGCCUAUAUGUACGAUGCGGCGGGUGUAUUAACAACAACAGCAGCACCCGGCACCAAUCCCUAUGCCAGCCAAUUCAGUAUGCCGGCCGCCUACUAUGCCGCACAACAUCAUCAGUAUGCCCCAGCCGUGGCCGGACCCGGUCCGGGUGCUGCCAUUGAACAGGCUGGCCAACAUUAAACAGCACAUACUGUUUCAUUAUUUUCCAAAAACCAAAACAACAACAACAACAACAAAAAGUCCAAAACUGCAAUAUCCAACAAAUUAUUGAAAAAAAAAAUACUACAAGAGAUGCAAGCAUACAAAAACACACACAAUGACACACCCAAAACACAUUUAUAUAUAUACAAAGAUUUCUGAAUGUAUAACGAGAUGAAUCAAACAAGUUUACACAUUUGCUGCAUAUGCAUAUACAUAUUUAAAGAAUUAUUUGAAAUACAUUCAUUUGUUCAUAGAAUAAUGUUAAUAUGUGUGCAUACUGUAAAUGUUGUAAGCUCGUAUGAUUCCAGUUAAUCAACGUUCAACGAUGCUGUCGAGGCCAACAGCAGCAGCAGCAACAACAACGACAACAACAACAACAAGUACAACAAUGUCCCUGGAGGCAGACAAGCAAAAACAAGAAGAAGACCAACAACGCGGACACAAAUGGCAACAAUUAACGAGUUUGAAAACAACACCAAAAAGAUU